AUGACCAGCUGCUUUUACAAAGAACCCGAAUUUGAUACGCUUCAGCUACAUGCUGGCCACGAACCUGGACGUAGCAUGAAUGCAAGAGCCGUACCAAUUUACGCGUCCACAAGCUUCUGUUUUGACAACACAGCACGACUCUUUGGAGUAAAUACUGGCUCGAAUGGGUUUGUGUAUUCUCGUAUAUCCAAUCCUACUGUCGACGUCUGUGAGAAACGUAUCGCCUCCCUUGAGGGUGGCAUGUCCGCUAUCGCCACAGCGUCUGGAAUGUCCGCCCAGUUUGUCGCCCUCUUAACUCUGGCUAGUGCAGGCGACAACAUCGUUUCCUCUUCAUUCCUCUAUGGUGGCAGCCAGAACCAACUCAAAGUUAUAUUCAAGAAAUUUGGCGUCCAAGUCAGAUUUGUCAGCACUGACAUCGUAGAAGACUAUGCCGCACUCAUCGACAGCAAGACGAAAGCGAUUUACACCGAAUCUAUCAGUAAUCCGACAUUCCUUGUUGCACCUAUCCAGGAAUUGGCUGAGCUUGCGCACAGUCACCACCUUCCACUCGUAGUCGAUAAUACUCUUGGUAUGGGUGGAUAUCUCUUUCGCCCCAUUGAUUACGGCGCAGAUAUAGUCGUACAAAGCGCGACAAAAUGGAUCGGCGGACACGGAACGACAAUCGCAGGUGUCCUUGUUGACUCAGGCCGUUUUGACUGGAAAGCAGCUUCACACCGAUUUCCGGGAUUUAACACACCCUCUGAAGGAUUCCACAACGUAAUCUACGCAGACCUUGGGAACGACAAGGCAUUUACUGCCAAAGCUCGUUCAGAGAUGCUCCGUGACAUGGGUCCUGCAUUAAAUCCCUUUGCAGCCUUUCUUCUGUUGCAAGGUAUUGAGACGCUAAGUUUACGGGCUGAGCGUCAUUGCGAGAAUGCUAUGCGGCUCGCAAAAUUCCUGGACGCUCAUCCCAAGGUUAGCUGGGUAUCAUACUUGGGAUUGAAUUCACACCCUAGUCAUCUUCGAGCGAAAUCUUUGUUGCGCCCUGGUCUAUUCGGCGGCGUCCUGUGCUUUGGCGUCAAGGGAGGUGCCGAAGCAUCAAAGAUAUUCAUAAACAAUCUAAGAUUAGCCAGUCACUUGGCGAAUAUCGGAGAUACGAAGACGCUUGUAAUUCAACCGGCAGCCACGACACACAUUCAGUCAUCAGAUGAAGAACAACUCUCGAUUGGCGUGACUGGUGAUCUCAUUCGAGUGUCCGUCGGCAUCGAAGCUAUCAGCGACAUCAUCGCGGACUUUGAGGGAGCAUUAAACAAUUUGUGACCCAGAUAUAGCCACCAGUGUACAACAUAAUAUCAUCAUUGAGAUCACAUCAACUCUAAGCCACGCGGAAUAUCCUGUUCUCCUACACGUAGGAUGAUCACC